UCUGUAUACAAACAUGUAUUGUGACAGUUUAUAUUCAAAUUAUUUUUGAUCAACUCGAAGAAGUUCAAUGAACAAACGGAUAUUGCUUUUAAUUGCCAUUAUUGGAGUGCAAAAAAUAUCAGUUGUCUGCUCCAGAAAAUCAUCAUUUGAUAAAUUGCAUCGCAAUUUGAAAACAGAAAAUGAAAAUCAAUAUUCCAACUACAGAAAUAGAAAAUUUCUGCAUUCAAAUAAGUCACGUUCUGCGCCAAUAGAUUUUGAUGGAUCUCAAAAUUCAGGCACGUCAACUGAAUGUGUGUCCCCAUCGCCUGAAGAAGAGGAAUAUUAUUAUUCUUCGGCAGAUGAUGGUGAUGUGUCAACAAACAGUCCAAUCGAAACGACAUCAGUCGAUGAUUAUCAAUUCUCAUCUCCAACUCCGACGUUUAACACCUUUGAACAAGAACCAACAUUAAACAGCAUCGAUCAGGAAUCGAAAGCCAAAGAAUUGCGAAAUCUUAUCCAGCAUUUAUAUGUUGCCCAAGCUCGGGUUCAAUUAGAAGCUGCUGAAAUAAAAAAAGCUCAAGCUAUAGCGAAUACGGCUCAACAAGCUCUCGAGGAAGCGGCAAACCAUGUAAGGGCCAUUACUGCAUCAUUACAAAGUUCACAGCAGGAAGUCGCUGCUGCAGCAAUUCGAGCUCAAACUGCUCAGUUGCAAUUGGCCGCUCAUGAUCAACUUUUAUUUGCUGCUCGACAGGAUGUAGACGCUUUGUCGUCGCAAAUGGUUGGACUGCAAGCCGCUGAGGGUAUAUCACAACCCAAGAUUACAGUCGAUGUAUCGGAUCUAUUGGAAAAACUAAAUCAACCUUUACCAGAAUCUGAUAAGCCUACACCUGUCCCAACCAUUGUUCCGAUUGUGCCAACGAAAGCUGAACGUCGAGGAGCAUUAGAGAAAAGAUAUUAUCAAGAUCGACAACUGUUACCGGGUAUUUAAGAGACUUUUAGCGUG